UGGAGAAGUUACCAAUAGAUGAGAUAAUCAUGCAGCUGGAUAGUAGGGACAUCAAGGAGAGAAACGCUGCAAUUCAGAUUGUUAAUAGCAGCAUAUCAGAAAAUGAUCAAGUUUUGAUCUUGCUGAUUGAGCAGUAUUAUGUUUCGUUUUCUGAGAAUGUGAUGCACAUCAUCAUAUCUCUUGCCACUGAAAGCAGAGCACAGCUUCUUUAUGAUUCGUUGUAUCUUGAGUUUGUCCGGUUACCCUCUCACAAUCUGAAACCUACUCUGGUUCUUCUCACCACUCUACUGAGGUGUGACCCGGAGCCUUCUUGGAUGUAUCUAUUUGUCGGCCACCCAAUGCUCAAUGAUAUGCUAGCUGCUUUCAAGUCAGAAGACAGUGCGGAGUGUAUGCCACUAGGACUGGUGUUUGUUUCCAUGUUACUCCCUCUUUCUCCUGUGCGACUGGAGGCCUCUCUAAACGAACUGUUCUCUCUUCUAGACCAAGUUCUCACUGUUUAUCAGAAGAAAGGAGGUAAACCGUGGGAGCUGAUACAGCGGAUCUGUUUCCACUACAUGGUAACACUGUACAGCCUCUACCCAGUACAACUAGUGACCUGGGCUCAGACUCUGGAAGAGGGAACUCCUACUGGACACUUUGUGUUAACUUACGGGACAAUGCUGAAACUGCAUGCAGCCCUCUUGCAGCCUCCUACUCAAGCUAGUGAGGAAGGCAUGAAGUGUCCCCACUCAAUGUCCGACUGGGAAUCACAUGAUAUAAUCUGGGAGGUGAGCUGCUACACAGAAACACUGGAUCUCCUGUACGAGGCGAGGAUGAUAGCCGGGGUUAAAGAGGGCGAGGUGACGGAAAUGCACGAUAUAAGUUGGGAAUCUGUCGAUAGUAACAGUGCGAAUAGGAGUAUAGCUAGUCAGACCUCUGAAGUUUCAAGUUCUAAGAAUAAUAGCGAAGUUAACACGAUAAGCGACGGUCUGAUAUCAACAUAUUUGGACAAGACAUUAGUAUCUUCUCCUGGAAUGGUCCACCGCAGAAAAAACAGCCACCGAUUUGAAAAUGAUAGUUUUGAGAGUAACCAAUCAGCAGUAGUGGUACUGGAAGGGGAGCUGAUGCUGGAGAAAUACCUGAGAUUCCAGCACGAGAGGCGGAACAGAAGAUAUCUGAGUCAAGUUAGGCAGUGUCAGAACGAGCGGUCUUAUAAUCAGGUAUACAGAGACGAGUGGGAGCGGCAGAAGCUGGAGCUAGCUGCUGCAGAAACCAAAGUAGCUGAUUUAACUCUGAGAUGUGAGGAGGAACGCAGGGAUUCUCAGAAACAGCUGUUUGAGAUCGAGAAGAGGCUGAACGAGAAGAUGGCAGUUCUGUCACGACGCAACAUUGAGCUGGAAAGGAACGAGAAAGAGAACAGUUCUAAAGUAGAGGAACUGCAAAAGAAACUAGACGACAAGGCGCGACGUCUCUUUGACCUCGAGGGCGUCAGCGGACUGAUGGCAGAGAAACAGAAGGAAUUAUUUGUGGUAGCGGAGCACAAUAAGACCUUGAUUAACAAGGUGAAACAACUACAGAACCAAGUGUUUGUUAUCAACGAGAUACGUUCCUUUCAGUGCGAUGCUUUGAAUGCGUUAAAACCGUUCUGUUACAAAACUAAAAACAGCAACAACCCGUACAGAAGUCCCACAAAAAAAACCCCAGAUAUUGCAAACUUGACCAAGUUAGCCAGUGAAACACAACGAAAGUUCGAGAACACCGAGAACGAAGUGAAACGUUUGCGGAGUAAGAACUCCCGGAUGGAGGAAGAGAUUACAGCGAUGAAAGAAAAGCUUGCGAAACAGAAGAAUCUAACUGAGAAGACUACUAACUUCUGGGAACAGAAGUACUCCGGUCUGGAGAAGACAUGCUCCACCUACAAGAGUACGUAUAGCGAGAUGUGCCAGAAAGUUCUGAGACUCAAACGAGAUCUGGAACUCCGCCCCUUUUGAGUUUCGAUUUUAAGUUUUUAAUUUGAAGAUCAUU